UUGGUGCCCUGUCUUGUGGGUUUAGCGCCGCCAGGGCAAGACUCCACGACCUCGUUUGUGCAGUAUAAAGGCGCACAGGCGGCAGCUCGUAGUCACAUCACUCGCAGCCCUCACUCAGGCCUCUACCAGCUCCCUACCUGCCCACCACCACCCAAACCACCACCACCACCAUGAAGUGCACCGCCAUCCUCCUCCUGGCCCUCGCUGCCGUCGCUUUCGCCCGCCCUGACUCCAUCUUCGACUUCUCUGACGAAGACAUGCACCUUGACAUGGACAUCGACGAGGCCAACACCUACACCGGCUCCUACAGCUGGAAGUCCCCGGAAGGCAAGGAGUUCUUCGUCAAGUACAUCGCUGACAGGAACGGCUACCGCAUCGUGGACUCCAACGCCGUGCCCAUCACCGCGAACGGCGUGCGCGCGGACGGCACCCAGGGCUCCUUCUCCUCCGAGGAAAACGACAGCUUCGACGACUCCCACGACAGGGACUAAGCGCGCGGCGACCCUGGCUUUGACUGUCUGAGCGGCGGCUGCCAAGGGAGUGAGGGUUCCAUUCCCGCUCUGGUCAAAUUUGUGUUUGCAGUCAACUUUUUCAAUCUUUUCUUUUAUUUUUUACUCGUUUUUCAUGUUUUUUCUUAAUUUCCUUCAGUUAAUGUUUAUUUAUUCGUCUUUUUCUUUCUCUCUAUUCACGCACACAAACCAAUACACAAUUUAUUUAUUACACAAAAUACACACUAUUUAUUAACACACACAAAAUCACUUCUCCCUCUCCCUUUCACCUCUCCCUCUCUCCCCACUGCCGCCGCCUCGCCCUCCUCCAUCACCCACCUGUCUACUCCUGUCGCAUUCCUCGCCUCCUUCGGGAAGCCUCGAGCCAGUGUUUGUCUGUCCCUCAGGCCUCUUUCUGGUAUUUGCUUGCCCCUCCCCGGUGUGUGCGUGUGCAAGUGCGCGCCUGUGCGAGUGUGUGUGUGUGUGUGUGUGUGUGUCUGUGUGUCUGUGUGUGUAUGUAUGAGAUCUCAGUAAAGGUAUUGGUUGGAAA